GCGGGCCCCGUCUGGCUGGUAAACCCGGCUGAUCACAAUCAGCUUGUUCCGGUCGGUUGCAUCGGAGAGCUCCUGAUCGAGGGCCCGAUUGUGUCCGCCCAGGGCUAUCUCCACAGCCCCGACCAGACGAAUGCCGUCUUCAUCACCGACCCGUCCUGGGUGGCCCAGUUCGGUAGCGCCAGGGGAAGACGCAUGUACAAAACCGGGGAUCUCGUCUGCUACAAUGCCGAUGGGUCGUUCGACUACUUGGGGCGCAAGGACUCGCAGGCCAAGAUCAACGGUCAACGCCUUGAACUGGGAGAAGUCGAGUACCACAUGGUAUCCGACGAAGACGUCCACGGAGCAGUGGCUCUGCUGGCUUCCAGCGGACCCUACAGCGGGCGACUGUUUGCGGUCCUUUCGCUCUCUGCCCGCCAAGGCGAGGAUAUCCAGCUUGUCUCCGACAAUGGACGCGGACAAGUCAAGUCUAUCGUCUCCCGCAUUCAAACCAGACUCAGUGCUGCACUCCCAUCCUACAUGGUCCCGAGCAUCUGGCUGGUGGUGAACGGGAUUCCCCUGAAUACAUCCAACAAGAUCGAUCGGCGCAGGGUGCAGACCCUGGUGAGCCGGCUCGACAAGGCUGCAAUCGACAAGCACAUGGGUGUCACACACACAACCGACCACUGCACCCCAUCGAGCAGCAGCGAGGCACGCAUCCAGGACGUCCUCGCCGAGGUCCUCAACAUCCCCAGGGACCAGGUCGCCUUGAACCGAUCGUUCGUUAGCCUGGGUGGUGAUUCGAUCACCGCAAUGCAGCUGGUUACCAAGUGCAGGGCCCGAGGACUGACCACGCACGUCCGCGAUGUUCUCCAGAGCGAAACCGUCGCUGCCAUCGCCCGUGGGCUCCGGGUCGAUCACAGCCCUUGGAGCGAGGUCGCCGUCGUGGAGAACCAGAAAUUCGAGCUGUCGCCCAUUCAGGCACUGUACUUUGAAAUGUCCGAUAACGAGGUUACUCCCUUCAAUCAGAGCAUGCUCCUCCGCGUUGCUGGUGACGUUUCUCCAGAUGCAAUCGAAGCUGCUCUCCACGCAGUGGUGCAGCGACAUGGCAUGCUCCGUGCUCGCUACCACCAAGACAAGGUGGGCGAAUGGCGCCAGCUGGUCAGCGACAACGUGGAAAGUUCCUAUCGGUUCAAGUUCCACAAGGAUGCUCAUCCUCAGCUUGUUAAGAAGGCAACAGUGACUGCGCAAGCCUCCAUCAACGUAACGAGUGGCCCGAUAAUUGGCGCCGACCUGUUCCAGGUGCCAGAGGGCGAGCGCGUGCUCUUCGUCAUUGCACACCAUCUGGUAAUCGACCUCAUGUCCUGGCGAGUGAUUCUGCAGGAUCUAGAAGAUUACCUCCGGGUCCACGAGUUUAGUACCCCGGCGACGAUGCCUUUCCCCGCCUGGGUGCAGAUGCAAAAGGAACACGCAGAGACUCAGCUGGGCCCAACAGAAUCAUUGCCAUUUGACCUUCCGGCGUCGGACUACGGCUACUGGGGUGCGUUGGGCAAGAGGUUCGUCUACGAUCAUGCAGAAUCGAGCAUUUUCAGCCUCAGCAGCGAACAGACCGCGUUGCUGCUCGGCCCAGCCAACGACAGCCUCCGAACAAGUCCGGCAGACAUCUUCAUCGCUGCCCUGAUGUUGUCCUUCUCUCGCGUCUUUGUAGACCGAGAGGCCCCCACUGUCUACACCGAGGGCCACGGCAGAGAGCCCUGGAUUGCAUCCGCCGAUGUCAACAACACCGUCGGCUGGUUCACCUCAGUGGCUCCGGUCCGCAUGCACCCAGCAGGCUCCGAGUAUCCGCCCCCCGGCCCAGUUGAUGCGGUUGGCCGUGUCAAGCAGUGGCGAAACGCCCUCCCGGGGAACGGCUCAUCCUACCUUGCGAGUCGCACCUGGAAUCCGCAAGGGCAAGCUGCAUUCCGCAGCCACUGGCCUCUCGAGGUCCUGUUCAACUAUCUCGGACAGUACCAGCAGCUCAACAAUCCGCAAGCGAGCCUACAAGCUGCCUCCGGCGAGCAGUGGGAUGUGGCACCGGACGUGGGAGCCGGCGUGCCCCGGCUUGCGCUGUUCGAGAUUUCGGCAUUCGUCAAUCAAGGACAGGUUCACGUCUCGUUCAUGUACGAUCCAGCCAUCGAGCGUGUGCAGGAGGUUCGCAAAUGGCUUGCCGAAUACGAGCAGUGCUUGAACGAAACGGUGGAAGACCUGCUGAAAGCUCCAGUUCAACGACCGCUCAGUGAUUUCUCUCUUCUUGGCGUGGACGAUGAGGGUUUGAAGCAGGUCCAAGAAGCAAUCACGGCGCUGCCGCUGGUUAAUACCUUUGCCGAUGUUGACGACGUAUAUCCCUGCUCACCCAUCCAGCGGGGCAUUAUCAUGGGCCAGAGCCUCAACCCUGGUUCUUACGAGGUCGAGACGGUGUUCGAAGUCCAUCCUGCCUCCAGCCAAGAUCCGGUCGAUUGCGAGAGACUUGCAGUGGCCUGGAAGGCAGUGGUUUCGCACCACCCCGCACUGCGCACAGUCAUGAUGCACAGCCCGCUCGAGGCCAGCGAUGUGUUCCAGGUCGUCCUGAGAGCAGCUGCUCCCCGGCACCAGAUCAUUCGUGGUCAGGACAAAGACGCCGUCAGUGCGCUCCACAGCAUCCAAAAUAUCCCCAACGCCAUGGACGCACCGCCUCACUUCCUGACUAUAUAUACCACGCCGACAGGACGCGUGCUGUGUAAGCUGGAGAUCCACCACACGAUCAUGGACGCAGCGUCCCUCGCCAUCAUCAUGGAGGACCUGCGUGCAGAGUAUCACAAGCUGCCCACCAGCCCACGACCCUCGUAUAGACGCUAUCUUGAAUACCUGGCAUCGCAACCUACAGGGACAGCACUCGACUAUUGGGUGACUCGACUGCGCCAGAUCGAGCCGUGCUACAUGCCCGUCACUGGCCCUGUGCGCGGUCCUGAUCGUGAACUUCGCUUUGCUUCCCUCCAUAUGAGCUCCGUGUCGGCAGAACUGCAGCACUUCUGCCAGACGCACCGGGUGACAGCUGCAACGGUGUACCAGGCAGCGUGGGCGCUGACCCUGCGUGCCUACACUGGCUGCCAAACCGCCACUUUUGGUUUCGUGUCUGCCGGGCGAGGACUCCCCAUCAACCAGAUUGAGAAGAUUGUCGGGCCGUUUAUUGAUAUGCUGGUAACGGCGGUUGAUGUGUCCGAGGAUACCCCCGUCAGCGACCUGGUCAAGGCAGUCCAGCGCGACUACCUCUCUGCGUUAGAGUACCACUACUGCUCAAUCGCUGAGAUCCAGCAUGCCCUUCAAAUAGGCGGAAAGCCGCUCUUCAACAGUAUCAUGAGCGUUCAGCUCGUGCAGCCGGCCAUUGCAGCCACCUCUGGACUUUCGACCAUCUCCUUCGAGACAAUCGGAGGUUACGAUGCCACCGAGUACGACGUGACCAUUACGCUCGAGUCCAACACAGCCACCUCUGAGACUACUGCUACCGUGGGUUACUGGAGUCCGGCCCUCUCGGACUGGGAGGCGAAUGGUAUCCUCCAUACAUUCGGCAAGGCGAUGGAAAGCCUCGUUUCGAGCUCCUCCUCGCUGCUGUCAACAGUAGACACCUUCAGCCAUCGGGACAAGACACAGCUGGAGCAGUGGAAGCGCACCUACGAGACAUUCAACGGCCAAGAGCUCUACGAGCCCUUCUGCAUCCACGACCUCAUCACCCAGCAGGCAUCAGCCAAACCCAAAUCUCCUGCUGUUUAUGGCUGGGAUACCAGCUUCACGUACGAGGAGCUGGAGCACCAAUCCAGCAGUCUUGCCCGCCAUCUGAUUGCGCUCGGAGUCGGGCCAGAGGUCAUAGUUCCCUUUUGCUCGGACAAGUCUGCAUGGGCAGUCAUAGCGCUGGUCGCUAUUCUCAAGGCCGGCGGUGCAUUCGUCGCCCUCGACCCUGCCCACCCCCGCAGCCGGCACGAGACGAUCCUCGAACAGGUCGAUGCCUGCGUCAUUGUCGUCAGCCCGUCCCAAGCUUCCCGAUUUGAAGGGUAUCCUCAAGCCGUGGUUACCGUCAGUAAGGACCUCCUGGACCUGCUCGAGGCGACUGGGCUGUCGGGAUCGACCUCUAUUCUGCCCCGUGUCACUCAUAAGAACACUGCCAUCAUCAUUUACACCUCUGGCAGCACGGGAGUUCCCAAGGGAAUCGUCUUGGAACACGGCUCCCUCUGCACGACAAUGGCUGCCCACGCCGACGUGGUCGGAAUCAAUGGAAACAGCCGGGUUCUUCAAUUCUCCUCCUUCAUCUUCGAUGCCAGCGUCCAGGACAUUUUCACAACGCUUACACGUGGAGGGUGCGUCUGUAUGCCGAGCGAAGACCAGCGCCUGAAUGACCUCGCGGGAGCCAUUCGUGACAUGAACGUGAACUGGGCCUUCCUGACUCCGGCAGUCGCAGCCGUCCUGCGUCCAUCCGAUGUGCCGGGCCUGAAGACCCUCUCAAUGGGAGGGGAAGCGAUCCCACAGAACGUGGUUGACAUCUGGAAGGACUCCGGCCUCGGCCAAUUCAACAACUGCUAUGGCCCGGCUGAAUGCAGUAUUUACUGCUCGGUCAAUCCCCGACUUGGGGUCUCACACAAGCCGUACAAUAUCGGCGACCCCAUCUCGAGCUUACUCUGGGUGGCGGAGAUCACGAACCACCACCGACUGGCGCCGCUGGGAAGCACUGGCGAACUUCUCAUCGAGGGUCCGUUGCUCGCAAGAGGCUAUCUGAACGACCCCGAGAAGACGGCCCUGUCAUUCAUCGUCGAUCCGGAGUGGGCGCUUGUCGACGGAGUCAAGGUUGGCCGUCGCCUGUACCGCACUGGAGAUCUGGUUCGCUAUAACGAGGAUGGCACCCUGGACUAUGUGGGCCGUAAAGACUCACAGGUCAAACUGCAUGGCCAACGACUAGAGCUGUCCGAGAUCGACUACCACCUCUCCCGCCAGGAGCAGGUGGCCAACGCCAUGGCGCUUCUCCCCAAGUCUGGAGCUUGCAAGGACCGAAUCGCCGCGGUCGUCUCUUUCCGUGACUUUGACCAACCCGGAUCCUCGGAGUUGAAUCUGGUUGCCGACGCCCAUCGAGAGGCAGUGGCUGCCCAGCUCAACCAAGUGCGUCAGGCUCUGGCCUCGAGCUUGCCGCCUUAUAUGGUACCAACCGUGUGGCUUCCAGUCGAGACCAUUCCAAUGUCUCUUUCCGGCAAGCUCGACCGAUCCCGCAUUGCGGCGUGGCUUCAAGACAUGCAACAAGAGACCGUACUUGCUGCAGACCGUCUACAGGCACGGGGUGGAGGAGCAGAUCAGCUAAGCUCGGCCGCGCAACGCCGACUGCAGGCUGCUCUGGCAAGAGUACUGGGCCUCGAACCGGAGCAGGUUCACUUCAACCGGCCGUUCAUCGCUUUGGGCGGUGAUUCGAUCAGCGCGAUGCAGCUUGUUUCGCAGGCCCGCAAGAAGGGGCUCGGAAUCCGCGUGCAGGACAUCCUCCAGAGCCAGAGCAUCUUCGAGCUCUGCGACCGCGCAAAGCAGCUGGAGGCCGCUGUCGACCUGUGGCAAGAUCCAGCGGAUUCAGUCUUUGAUCUGUCGCCCAUCCAACAGAUGUUCAUGGCCAUCUCGGACGACAAACCCUCCAGCCACUUCAACCAGAGCGUGCUGGUUCAGUGCACUGCUCAAUGCACAGGCAAGCAGGUCCGCACUGCGCUCGACUCGAUUGUGAUGGCUCACUCUAUGCUUCGAGCCCGCUUUACCCCGUCGGCCAGCGGGUGGAAGCAGCUCGUCAGCUCUGCUUCCGUCGCCGCGUAUGCAUUCAACGACUACACAGCAUGCAGGCGACACGAGAUGGACGAGGCCAUUGUGCGUACGCAGGCCUCCCUCGACAUCCAGAACGGACCCGUCUUCGCCGCCAACUGGUUCGAGCUCGAUGACGGGUCGCGAGUGCUCUAUCUCGCGGCGCACCACCUGGUCGUCGACAUGGUUUCCUGGCAACUGAUCCUCACCGCACUCGAGGACGCCCUAUCCCCAGAGAUCGAAGCCCCUGUCGUCAACGCCUUCCCGUACCAGUCCUGGGUCCAGCUCCAAGCCCAGGCUCCACGCGCCGAGAUUGACUUCCCCGUCUCGGAGCCCCCCAAGGGGUACUGGGGUGGAGAAGACAAGCCCAACACCUACGGGGACGCUGUGGUGGAGAUAUUCACGCUGGACCAGAGCACCACCAAGGUCCUGCUGAGCGAGUGCCACCGGGUCUUCAACACCAACAUCACCGAUCUCUUCGUCGCGGCCGUGACCCACGCUUUCGGCCUGACAUUCACCCAGCGCCAACUCCCAACCGUCUUCGUGGAGGGCCACGGACGCGAUGCCGACGAGCAGCAGGUCGACAUCACCAAAACCGUCGGCUGGUUCACUGCCAUCACACCCGUCCACGUCCCCGACGCUGCUGAUCUCGUCAACACCAUCCGCUGGGCCAAAGACCGGCGGCAGCGCCUGAGUACGCAAAGCUAUCUCGCCUCGACGUACUCCAACCGGGGCCCAGGCCACCGGCCAAUGGAGAUUCUGUUCAACUAUCUCGGCCAUUUCCGCGGCAUGACCCGCAAUGAGGGGAUGUUCAAGCAAGGAAACAUCCAAGAUGUCCCAGGCUACUCCGACGUGGCCAAUAACGUGCCCCGGAUGGCUCUCUUCGAGAUCAACACCAGGAUCACAGACGGGCAGGCAACUCUGAUCCUCACCCACAGUCGCUACAUGGAUCGGCAGGAUGGAAUCAGGCAAUGGUUCCACUUCACCGAGGCGUCUCUGAAGCGCAUGGCCCGCGAGCUCCCAUCACUGCCCGCGCAGAAGACUCUCGCGGACUUCCCUCUCCUCCCAUCGCUAAACUACAGUCUUCUCGACGGGUUGGAGGCUGCGCUGAGCGCCGACCUCGCCGUCAAGAGCAUUGACGAGGUGGAGGACAUUUACCCAUCCUCUGCGAUGCAGCACGGCCUCCUCCUCAGCCAGGGCCGUGGUGCAGACGAGUAUCGCACCAGCUUCAAGUUCGAGGUACUCAAUGCGUCGCAGCCAGAGAGAUUCGUCAAGGCGUGGCGGGCUGUCGUGCGUCGCCAUCCCAUGCUGCGCACCGUCUUCACCUCUGCCAUUUCCGGCGAGGGCAGCUUUGACCAGGUUGUUCUUCAUUCCCCCACCCCGUCCAUUGUGGUCGAGACUGUGCAGGACGCACAAGAGGCCUCCAGUGUCCUCUCUCGCCCAUCGGCCGACACGUACAGCAGCCGAUCGGAGCUGCCGCACCGCAUGACGGUGUGCAGCACCCGCGAAGGGCGUCUCUUUUUCAAACUGGAGAUGAACCACGCCCUCAUGGAUGCGGAAUCAUUGUCGAUCCUGCUCAGGGACAUCGAUGCGGCAUACCGCGGAGCCCUCGACCAUCUCCCUGCCACUCCGUAUCGCGACUACAUCAGCUAUGUGCAAUCGAAAUCGGUGGAUGCUGCCCUGCAGUACUGGACCGAAUAUUUGAGCGGCAUCCAGCCCUGCCAUUUCCCCUCUCGGCCGUCGCUGCACGAGGCAAAGGAGCUCAAUGUGACGGAGAUCGACCUCAACCUCGACCACGAGGCCAUCCAGUCCUUCUGCAGCGCCCACCGGGUUACCGCCGCCAACAUCUUCCAGACUGUCUGGGGCCUUGUCCUGCAGAGCUUCACCAUGACUAGCGACGUGGCCUUUGGAUAUCUGGUUGCUGGAAGAGACAUUCCCGUUCCAGGGAUUGACUCGACCGUUGGGCCGCUCAUCAACAUGCUCGUCUGCCGCAUGCAGCUCGAAGGCACUUUCAACGCAGUCGAUGUGCUGCGAACGACUCAACAAGGCUAUCUCGCCGCCCUGGACCACCAGCAUGUGCCGCUGGGUCGAGUCCAGCAGUCGCUGGGGAUGAGUGGCACCGCGCUCUUCAACACCAUGCUCUCCGUGCAGAGACUCAGUGCAGGCGGAGCAGGAAGUCUGAGCAGCCCCUCGCACCUCUCCUUUAAGAGCCUUGCCUCGCACGAUCCCACCGAGUUCGACUUGACGGUCAAUGUUCAGCUGUCCGACCACGGCUCGCGAGCAUCCAUCACGCACUGGCCGGGCACCAUUUCCCGCUGGCAGGUCUCGCAUGUUGCUUCUUCCAUGACAGCCAUCCUGCACUCGCUGAUCCAGCAGCCCUCUGCUGCCAUCGGCUCGUUGAAGAUGGUUGGUGCGCACGACCACAACCAGAUCCGUCAAUGGGCUCCAACCGUCACGGGCGUCUUGCACAGCACUGUUCACGACCUCUUCCGUCACCAGGCCACCCUCCAGCCCGAUGCCCCCGCGGUGGAUGCGUGGGAUUGCCAGAUCAGCUACCGGGAAUUGGACGAGUGGUCCACGAGACUCGCGGCUCAUGUGCAGAGGAUGGGAGUCACACCAGGAUCCAGGGUGCCAAUCCUCUUCCCCAAGUCUGCAUGGAUUGUCGUGGCCUUCCUUGCUAUCCUCAAGGCUGGUGCAACUGCUGUUUCCCUGGAUCCUGCCCAUCCCAAGGACCGCCAUCGACUCAUCCUCGAGCACACUGGGGCCAGGGUCGCUCUGACUGCUAGAUCGUGUGCAUCUCACUGUGACGACCUCGGCUUAACCCAGAUGAGCAUUGACGAAGGUACAGUGCAAUCGCUGGCCCCUGCCCGCCAGACCCUCCCCGACGUGGAUCCAGCAUCGCCUGCCUUUAUUAUCUACACGUCCGGCAGUACCGGUGUCCCCAAGGGGGUGAUUCUGACCCAUGAAUCCGUCUGCACUAGCAUAGAGGCGCAUGGAAAUGCCCUAGGUAUUGCAGCAGGCACGCGCGUGUUGCAGUUCGCUGCAUUUGUCUUCGACAUUAGCAUCCAGGAUGUCUUUACCUCGCUGACCCGCGGCGCCUGCGUCUGCAUUCCCUCCGAUGGGCAACGGAUGAACAAUCUCUCGGGUUUCAUGAGAGCAAAAGCAGUCAACUUUGCAUGCCUGACUCCGACGGUCGCAUCGCUUCUCUCGCCAGCAGAGGUGCCUACGCUACGUACUCUGGUCCUCGCGGGUGAAGCCGUGUCCCAGAAGGCGAUCGAGCUCUGGUCGCAGGGCACGAGUCUCACCGGAUUCCACAACUGCUAUGGACCCGCCGAAUGUACCAUUUACUGUGCGUGGAACGGGCAGGUCGGCGCUGCAGGCCAGUCUCCCUGCAACAUCGGGCGCCCCCUGGCAAGCUCGCACUUUGUGGUUGACCCGCAGAACCACCACCGGCUGGCCCCGAUCGGAAGCCCCGGUGAAUUGAUGGUCGGUGGUCCCCUCGUGUCCCCGGGAUAUCAGGGGGAUCCCAAGAGGACAGAGGCAGCGUUCAUCGAGCUUCCCUUGUGGAGAAGUCAAGCCUGGCACCACGACACAACCCCUACUCGGUACUACGCCACGGGCGACUUGGUCGCAUACAACGAAGACGGGACCCUGGACUAUCUGGGUCGCAAAGACACCCAGAUCAAGCUUCACGGGCAGCGGAUCGAGCUGGGCGACAUCGAGCACCACCUGCAGCUCAACCUGGGCGAAGCCAGCCGAGUGGCGGUGGACCUGGUCCAGCUCAGCGACAGCCAGCAGUCACUGGCCGCAUUUGUCUCGCUUACGGGCGAUGUGAUAGUUGGAGGCUCCGUGGAUGCCAUCUCGAUUUUCGAUGUACAUGCAGAGACGCGAGCGUUGUUUGCUGCAGCUGCCAGCGCCGCCUCCAAGCUACUGCCAGUCUACAUGGUGCCCUCGCACUACAUCCCCCUGCAGCAACUGCCGCUCAACACGUCCGGCAAGGUCGAUCGGAAAUCACUGCGCAGCCUCGUCUCUUGCAUGAGCAGCGAGCAGCUGCGACCCUUCUCUCUGGAGACAGGCAACGAGGCCAAGAGGGCCCCCGCGACCGCAAUGGAGCAGGCGCUGCAGCAGCUGUGGUCGGAGCUCCUCAGUCUCCCCGCAGAGGACAUUGGCACGCAGGACCGAUUCUUCCAUCUCGGAGGGAACUCGGUGGCGGCCAUGCAGCUGGUUGCCAGCGCGCGCCAGCAGGCAAUCCGACUGACCGUCUCGGACAUCUUCCAUCUGCCCCAGCUCGCGCACAUGGCCGAGGCCGCGCAGUGGGUGGACCAGGAAGACGACGACAGCGGCAGCCUCGCACCGUUCGAAUUGCUGCCGGAAGGAGCCUCGACCCUCCUAGAAGAGGCUGCCACUCAGGCCGCAACGACUGUGGACCAGCUCGAGGACGUGUACCCUUGCACCCCCAUGCAGGAAGGGCUGAUGGCGCUCUCCGAGAAGCAGUCGGGGGCGUACAUCAACCAGAACUUGUUUACCCUGCCGCCAAACAUCGACUUGGACCGAUUCAAGGCAAGCUGGCAGUCGGUUGUCAAUUCACAUCCGAUUCUGCGCACCCGCAUUGUCUUUUUACCCCAGGCUGGGACCUGCCAGGCUGUGCUACGACCGGCGCCCAUCGACUGGCGCACGGGCCCCAGUCUCGACCAGUUCCUCGUCGGCGACAAGGAGCAGGAAAUGGGCUUCGGACGCAGCCUGGUCCGAUUUGCGAUUGUCGGCGGGCAUUUUGUGUGGACAAUCCACCAUGCUCUCUAUGAUGGAUGGACUGUUGCGUUGUUGGUGGGAGAAGUUGAGAAUAUAUAUCGCAAGAGCACGGCUGCUCGAUCGACCCCAACCCCUUACUCGCACUUCCUUCGAUACCUCAAGAACGUCGAUACUGCCGCCGAGGACCAUUACUGGAAGACACAGCUGGCCGGGGCGACUGUGUCGAGCUUCCCCCCGCCAACAACAUCACGCUCGGUCCGAGUUCAAGGGACCUCGAAGAUCCGCGUGCAGAUCCCCUCCACGCCUGGGUUUGGACUCACCGAAACGACCCUCAUCCGAGCUGCCUGGGCCAUUGUGUCGGCAGCGUAUAGUGGCGCCGAGAGUCGAGCCUUUGGUGUGACGCUCAGUGGACGCAAUGCGCCGGUUGUUGACAUCGACCGAAUGUGCGGGCCUACCAUCACCACCGUACCCUUGCACGUCCGCCUUGAUCGUGAUAUUCCGGUCCUCGAAUUCCUACAACGGCUGCAGCAACAGGCCGCCGACAUGAUCGCGUACGAGCACACUGGGUUGCAGCGAAUCCGGCAGCUGAGUGCCGAGGCCCAGGCCGCGUGUGAUUUCCAGGAUCUGCUCGUCAUUCACGCUGCUGGAGAAGAGGAGAUCCCUGAAUCGUCCAUUGGACUGCAACGCAAGGAACUGGCAGGUCCGGACCAGGCCGGGGAUACUGGAUUCCACACGUACAGUUUGGUCUUGGAAUGCGUUGCCCACAGGGAUCAUGUCGCCGUGACGGCGGACUACGACGAGACGGCCCUGCCUCCAGCGCAGAUGAUCCAUGUCCUGCAUCAGUUCGAGCAUGUCCUGCAGCAGCUGCACAACGUGCAACAGACCGACACAUGCAGGCUCUCCGAGAUCAGUCUCGUCAGCACGUAUGAUCUGCAGCAGAUCGAGGCCUGGAAUGCAGGCAGCCUCGCCCCGCGAGAGGCCCUGGUGCACCACCUCUUUGAGCGUCAAUCCCAGGCUUCUCCGGACGCACCUGCGAUUUGCGCGUGGGAUGGGGACUGCACUUACGCAGAGCUAGAUGCCUUAGCCACGCAGCUCGCUCUGCAGCUGGUAGGCAAGGGAAUCGGUGCUGAGGCCAUUGUGCCUGUGUGCUUUGACAAGUCGAUGUGGGCGAUUGUCGGCAUGCUGGCGAUCCUCAAGGCCGGCGGUGCCUGCGUGGCCCUCGACCCUUCGCACCCUCUGAGCCGCAGAGAGACCAUUAUCCACGACACCGGGGCACGCAUCGUCCUCGCCGGGUUGGAGACCAUUGCACAAGAAAUGCGCCCGCUCGUCGAAGAGUGCAUUGUGGUUGAUCGGGAAGCGUGCAGCAAGCAGCCUUCCUUCACCGGGUCGAUGCUGACUGCCCUCCAACGCAUGAAGCCGGCAUCGCCAGAAAAUGCAGCCUUUGUGAUCUAUACAUCUGGAAGCACGGGCACACCAAAGGGCGUUGUCCUCGAACAUUCGAAUGUGGCGUCUAGCAUGGCCGCCCACGGCCCUGCGCUCGGCUUUCAACCCGGUGUGCGCGUUCUUCAAUUCGCCUCGUACACCUUCGACAUCAGCAUCCAAGACAUCUUCACGACGCUGACCAACGGUGGGUGCGUGUGCGUGGUCAGUGAGGACCAGCGCUUCAACAACCUCGCCGGUGCAGUCAACCAGAUGGGCGUGACGUCCGCCUGCCUGACCCCAACAGUAGCACAGCUGCUGAAUCCACGAGAGGUGCCGACGCUGAAAUCGCUAACUCUCGCCGGCGAGGCCGUCACCGAGAAGGUUCGCCGGAUCUGGAGCUCCACCGAAGCUGCCCUGGAUCGCUUCAGCAACUGCUAUGGCCCAGCCGAGAGCACGAUCUACUGCUCGUGGAACGGACAAGUUGACAAUCCCGAGCGGCGCCCGUCCAACAUCGGCAAAGGAUUAUCUAGUCGUCUCUGGAUCGUCGAGCCUGACAACGUCCACAAACUGGCUGCCGUUGGCUGUGUGGGAGAGCUGGUCAUUGAGGGCCCUCUCCUUGCUCGCGGCUACCUCAAUGACCCUGCAAAGACCGCUGAGCGCUUCACCCUCGACCCCGACUGGGCCUCGAGCAGAGAGCCAGGCGCAAUGGCGAGACGCAUGUACAAGACCGGCGAUCUCGUUCGAUACAAUGCGGCCGACGGGACAAUCGACUAUCUGGGUCGCAACGACAGCCAGGUCAAGGUCAAUGGGCAGCGAGUCGAAAUGGGCGAGAUCGAGCACCACCUCCUCUCCGGGGAGGAGGUGCAGGAUGGCGCCGUCUUGCUGCCCACUGCUGGGGUCGCCAAGGGUCGUCUGGUCGCGAUUGUCUCCCUCAGAGCCGCCGCUGCGAUGGCGGAUAUGACCGAUUCGAGCAUCUCUCUGCUGCCCCAUAGUGACAGCCGCCUGAUCCGGCAACAGCUCGGGCUUGUUCGUUCAAUGAUUGCCGAUGCCCUCCCCGGGUAUAUGGUGCCCUCCGCGUGGCUGGUGGUGCAGCGGCUGCCUCUGAACCGCUCCGGCAAGUACGAUCGCCCUCGCCUGAUGCAGUGGCUGGCCGAGAUGGAAGGCCAGACCUUUGAAGCCGCCGUGAGCGUGGCCGAGGAGGAGAUGGACCACAUGGUGCCUCGCACCCUGGUCGAGGAGCAACUGCAGACGAGCGUGUCGGAGAUACUGAACAAGCCCACUGACCUCAUCGCCAUCAAUAAGCCGUUCGUUGCCCUGGGAGGCGACUCCAUCACCGCGAUGCAACUCACCGCACGCCUGCGCAGUCAAGGGUGGAUGGUCUCCGUCAAGCAGAUCCUGCAAGCGCGCUCAAUGGCGGAUCUGGGCCACAGCAUUCGUCCUGCUAGGGAGCUGUCCAUCGCCCACACGAGCCAGGCGGACGCCAUCAACACCCCCUUCAGUCUGUCGCCCAUGCAGCAGUUUUACUUUGAGCUCUCGCGCGGUCAGCCCACGCACUUCAACCAGAGCUUCCUUCUACGCCUCCGGGAGCCCCUUGCGAGCGGCCAUAUCGAAGAUGCCGUGCGCAGGGUGGUCGAGAUGCAUUCGAUGCUCCGCGCCCGAUUCCAAUCGGCCACAGACGUGGUGGGUGGCUGGCACCAGCUCGUGGCAGCCCAACAACCCCACGCAUAUACUCACUACAGGGCACAGACGAGGGAAGAAAUGAACCAGAUCAUCACCCGGACACAGACGAGUAUCGAUAUCCGCCAGGGGCCAGUCUUCGCGGUCAAUGGAUUCGAGUUCGAGGGCGCACAGGUGCUGUUCAUGGUCGCGCACCAUCUGGUCAUCGAUCUCGUCUCCUGGCGCAUCAUUCUGCAGGACCUGGAGGCUCUUCUUGCUCACCGUGAACCGCCUUCAGCCUUGUCCCCCAGCCUGUCCUUCCAGCCGUGGCUCCGUGCACAAGAGGCCUAUGCCCGUCGCUCAUUGACGCACCCCGAGAAGGUCCUGCCGCGUGCGAUUGCGGUGUCAGAUCUCGCCUUCUGGGGUCUUGACGAGGGGGCGAACUUGCAUGCGACUGCGACAAACCGGCGCUUCACGCUGGACAAGGCUGCCAGUGCCACUUUGCUGGAACCUGCUGUCCACAGAGCCUUGCGCACUGACACGAGCGAUGUUCUGCUCGCCUCGCUCCUGCUAUCCUUCCACAAGGUCUUUGGCAGUCUGCGCGAGAUGCCUGCCGUGUUCAGUGAGAGUCACGGGCGUGAACCCUGGGACGACUCGAUCGACCUUUCGACCACCGUCGGCUGGUUCACCACCCUGAUGCCGCUGUACGUGGCGGCCAGCGAGAUGACCAGCCCAGUCGACCUGGUCCGCCUUGUCAAGGAUCGCCGCCGAUCGACUCCGGCCAACGGCUGGGAAUACUUCACUGCCCGGUACUUGACGCCGGAGGGACAGGCCGCCUUUGCCGGGCACAGCCAGAUGGAGCUGCUGUUCAACUUCCAGGGCCAGUACCAGCAGUUGGAAACCGCCGAGAGCCUCCUUCAACCCGAGGCCCGCGAUGGACUCGAUAUCGCCGCCGACAUUGGCCCUGCGACUCCCCGCAUGGCCGUCAUUGAAGUCUCGUCCAUGGUUGUGCAGCAGCUGGUUGCCUUUGACUUCACAUUCCCUGCCAACUGCCUGCACCAGGACAUGAUCGGGCGAUGGACGGCCGAGUUUGCACGAUCGACACAGGAAGUCAGCAGCCUUCUCCUUGCGACACCCCCUCGUCCCACCCGGAGCGACUUUCCUCUCCUGCCCCUGCCGUACGAGGGCCUCGAUCGUCUCGCUCAGCAGCAGUCCCUUUUCGGGCAGCACGGCGACGACCCAUUCAGUGCUAUCGAGGACAUUUAUCCUUGCUCGCCCGUCCAGCAAGGUCUGCUUCUGGCGCAGCGCCUCACACCGGGUGCGUAUGAAGUAAGAUUCACCUUUGAAGUCGCAUCCCAAAUAUCAGGAGCCCCAGUCGAUGUCGAGCAGCUGUUCGCCGCCUGGCAACACGUGGUCGACCGUCAUGCUGCACUGCGAACCUUCUUUAUCGACGGGGUGUCCGAAGGCAACAUGUUUGACCAGGUCGUCCUGCGUCAAGUGCAAGCGCCCACCACGCUCCUCCACUGCGUCGACCGUCCUGAUAUGCUGAGGAGGCUCGCAGCGCUACCGACCGCUGCCAAAGACCCGGCCAGUCCAGCACACCGUCUGAUCGUCUUCAAGGGAAUGGACGGCGAGGUCUACUGCAGUUUCGAGAUCAAUCAUGCACUCAUCGACGCUGUAUCCAUGGGUCUUAUCUUGCACGACGUGAGCCGCGCCUAUGCUCGCCAGCUGCCCCGUGCACGCGGCCCACUGUACAGCAGCUACAUUGCCUAUCUCCGAUCUGUGGGUGCAGACACCGCGAUCGAGCACUGGACCACCCACCUCAAGGGCAUCGAGCCGUGUCAUUUCCCUCUGUCCUACGAGCACUCCGAGGGCCGUGAGCUACGGCGCGCGGAUAUCCAGGUGCAGGUGUCUGGCUCGCAGAUGCAGCAGAUCUCGCAGGCAACCGCAGUGACCGUCGCCAGCGUGCUCAAGACAGCCUGGGGGCUGGUCCUGCGGGUGUUUGUGCGCCAGCACGACAUUUGCUUCGGCUCGCUGGCAUCUGGGCGAGAUGUGGCGCUGCAGGACAUCAACGAAACUGUCGGCCCCUUCAUCAACAUGCUCGUUGCCCGGAUGGUUGUCGAUCCGGCCAUGAGCAUCGCCGACCUUUUGCGCCAGGUCCACGCGGACCAGCUUCGUGCCAUGGAGUACCAGCACUGCUCGCUGGCCGACAUCCAGCACCGGCUGAAUCUCGGAGGCCGGGCCUUGUUCAACACUAUGAUGUCCAUCCAGCGCAGCUCAGCACAGAGCGUUACUGAUAUGGCUCUUCACUUUGAGGCUCUGAGCUCGCAUGAUCCCACCGAGUACGACAUUACACUACACACUGAAGUGACGGACGAAGGCCGUGUCAAUGCUCAUAUCAACUACUGGUCGUCGUCCAUCUCCGAUUGGCAGGCCAGCCAGAUCGCGCACACAUUCGACGCCGUCCUGCAGAGCAUGGCCUGCAACGUUGAGCAGUCCGUGGGCGACAUCAACCUGUUCAACACACCGCAAUGGACACAGUUGGCUGACUGGGGAUACAAUCGCGCACUGCCAUCCGUGACUGACAGCUGCGUGCAUGAACUAUUCUCGAACCAGGCGCGGGCUACCCCCAAUGCACCUGCCAUCUGCGCCUGGGAUGGUCAGCUCUCCUACAAGGAUGUCGACGAACUCACCGAUCGUCUCGCCGCCAUGCUCGCUAGGCGGGGUAUUGAAAGGGGAUCCUUUGUGCCACUCUGCUUUGAAAAGAGCAUGUGGACUCCGAUAGCAAUGCUGGCAGUCCUGAAAGCCGGUGGCACAUGUGUUUCUAUGGAUCCCUCCCACCCUGCCAGUCGCCACGCCCUGCUAAUCGCGGACACCGGGGCCAAGCUGGUCCUGACCUCGGAGGCGCAAUUGGCACCACACUCUGCCGGUGCGGUGAAUGCA